AUGGGGAGUAGUGCUGCUGACCAACACUGGCUGAGCAACAAAAUUGAAAAAAGGCUAGCUAUCCAUCUUCAGAUGACUAGGAAGGAGGCUAGUGAUUUUCUGAAAGAUGAGUAUGGGAUACAUCCUCAUGAUAAGAUGGUUUACAGGGCAUUAAAGGAGGCAAGAGACAGAAUUGUCGGAAGCGAGAGUGAGCAAUAUGGAAAGCUGAGGGAUUAUCAAUUCGAACUCUUACGCAGCAACCCUGGAUCUACUGCACUCUUAGAAGUGAUACCAAUUCCACAAUCCCCACCAUUACUUUCAGCGAUUGCCCAAGAUUCCAAUAAUCAUUUCUAUACCAUUGCUUAUGCUGUUGUCGGAUCAGAAACAAAGGAGUCAUGGAAAUGGUUUUUAACUCUCUUACAAGAAGAUCUUGGGAAUGCAAGUGGUCUUCUUGAAGCAAUGAAAGAGGUGAUGCCCGAGGCACUACAUCGUAAUUGUGUGAUGCAUAUGUGGAAAAACUUCAUCAACCGAUUUAAGGAUCUGCAAGUCAGAGAUGUGGUUUGGGAGUGUGCAAGUUGUUCAACCCCUCCUGAGUUUGUUGAGACUAUGGAAAAGCUUAAGAAGAUUAAUGAAGAGGCAUGGGAGUAUCUUACAAGAUUUGAUCCUCGGGUGUGGGUGAAGGCUUACCUUAACCAUGGCCCCAAGGUUGAUUCUUUGACAAAUAAUAUGUGUGAAUCCUGGAAUGCCAAAAUAGGAAAGUACAGAAUGAAACUCAUUCUUACAAUGUGUGAAGAGUUGCGCUGUUAUGUCAUGAGGAGAAUGACGAAGCAUAUCACUCUACUAUCAGCAUAUCCUGGAAAGCUUGCUCCCGUACAGCAGAAAAGACUUGGCCGAUUGAUUAGGCCCAGCAACAGAUGGAAUGCAGAAUGGACAGGUGACAACGAGAGGAAGCGGUUUGAAGUGAGUCGAAAAACAUCAAGAGUUGAUGUUGAUUUGAUGAAGCAUACUUGUUCAUGCAAUAUGUGGCAACUAACAGGAAUGCCUUGUGUUCAUGCGAUUGCUGCUAUUAGGAAGAAGCAUGACAAGCCAGAAGAUUAUGUGCACAAAUGGCUUUGCAUGGAGUCCAUCCAUCUGACUUAUGCACACUCAAUCCAACCAGUUCCCAGUGAAGAAUAUUGGCAUAGAACAGGUUAUAUCAAGCCAAAUCCUCCACCCAUCAAGAGGCCGAUUGGUAGGCCAAAGGCGCAUAAAAGAAAGAAGGAUCCAAUAGAGGAUUUGAUCCAAGGGGACAAGGUAAGAAAAACGUUUCGCAUAACAUGUAGCAAGUGCGGCGAGAAGGGUCACAACUACAAGACGUGCAAGGGAGCACCAUCUAAUCCUAACUGGAAGCCUAAAACCAGGAAACCAAAGCACCAGAACUCAAGUAGUCAGGCACUAGUGGAACUUCCAUUAUCCCAAUCUGCUCCAGAGCCUGAGGCUGGCCAGAAUACACAACAGGCAGCUCCAGCUGAACAAGCCCAGGACACUUCUUCACAUGCAGCACCAUUCAGCCAAGCACCAAUCAAGACAACAAAAUAUACUCAUUCCAAAAUACCAGCUAAAUUUAGGCCAAAGCAACCAAUCAAAAGGCCACCUGCACCAACUACAACUCAGACUCAAGUUGCUCCACCAACUUCAACAAGUGUGACAACAACAUCUAGUGGAGGAGUAUCAAAGGAGACACUGGCAGCAACAACUUCUGCCACAACAGGACUAUUCAAGUUUAUACCAAAUUCAGGCUUCAAGAACCAGACAAAGUGA